AUGCGCAUGCACACAUUUUUCGCUGCCGCCUUCGUGGCCAUUGCGUCCGCGCAUGGCACCCACGGGGGUGGUGCACACGCUGGCAACUACGGCGAGGAAGCGCGAACAGACUACCCGAACUGGAUGACGAGACACAUGGCCGAGGAACACGGCAUGGACACAUUCGACUCCCUAUCCUUCUUCACACUUCACGAUUUCGACAGCGACGGCGUCUGGGAGCGGGAAGAGAUGCAGCGCAUGUACGGACUCAUGGACCCCAGCAACCGCGACGUCAGCGACGACCGCCGCGAGGAGGCGUACCGGGAGCUCCUCCGACAUCUCGAUGCAAACAACGACGGCCUCGUCUCGCGCGACGAGUUUGCCACCUUCAUCCUCGACGGCAAGACGCUGCCCGACCUGGGCUUCGGGCCGGGCCACCACGGCGACGACGAGUACGAGUACGAGGUGCAUCACUGGAACAAGUACCACAACGAGGACACGAAGCUCGAGGAUCUGACGCACCCCGCGGACAUUGAGCACUUCAAGCACCACGAGGAGCUGGAGGACGCCGAGGAGAAGCAACAGGCCAUGGAUAAGCUGUCCAUCAUCGAGGCAAACAUCCCUGCCAAAUUCUUGCGCGUGCAGCAAUAA